GUCUUACUAAAGAAGUUCAUAGACCACUUUCAGGGUGAACUUCUUGAAACUAUUGAGCUGAAGGUCCCUAGUGGUGAUAAAUGGCACGUUGAAAUGAAGAAGACUGGUGAUGGAGUUGUUCUUGAUUGUGGUUGGACGAAUUUUGUUGCAGCUUAUAGUAUUCUAGAAAAUGACACUUUGGUGUUCAAGUAUGAUGGCCGUUCCUCCUUUAUUGUGUUGAUGUUUGAGCAAAGCGGCUGUGAGAAAGCUGCUUCUCAUUGUGCAAUGAGAAAGGAUGGUAUGGAAGAAUUAUGUGCAAUAGCUUCUGGUAAAAAGGACAGACACCCCUGCUAUGAAAGCUCUCCUAAAACUUAUGAGCAACCAAAAAAAUUAGCUAUGUUUAAGAAGAUUUUGAGAGCAAACAGAGAUGCAAAAGAGAAGUAUCUCAAGAGGAGAAUGAAUACAACAA